AGGAGUUCAGAGGAAGAAGGCUUCACUGUUCUGUUUUCCGCUGAGACGUGUUGGUGGUCUCUAAAAUGUAAAAUCCCCCACACUUCCUCACGCUGCAAUCACUGCCUGCAUAGUCCAAGCAUUCAUCAGUCCUCCUGCAGCAGCCGACCCGUGCACCACACCUGGACAACACCUGUGCAUUUAGUCUAAUUAUGGCAGCUCUCACCUGGAUCCUCACCCUCAUUUGUGCUGCAGGAUGUCCUCUGUCAUCAGCCUCACCUGUUCCCCACUCUGCCUCUGAGGUCCAGGUUGGACAGAACGUCUCUCUGACCUGCAACCUGACGUCCAGCGUGGAGAUCACCUGGUACCUGCUGCGUUCAGACCAGCUGCUGCCUCUGCUCACAGGAAAACAGAGUAAAUUAAAAGGAGAUUCAAUCAUUUUCCACUCUACAAACAGUCGCAUAAACUGGGAGAGAGACCAGCAGAGCGGGCUGGUUAGUCUGAAGAUUCACAGGGUGGAAGAGGAGGACGCUGGGCUGUAUUUCUGUACCGAGCGCUCAGAAGGCAAGGUUUUGGUAAACGAAGGGAUUCGCCUGACUGUGAAUGGAGUCGACGGGGAGUCCAGCAGUGGCAGAAUGAAGCUGCCAUGUUGGAGUCUGGGGAUCUGCGUUCUUCCAGGAUUAUUGGCCUUCUGUUUUAUGUGCGUGGUCGGAUUCUACCUGUGCUCAGGUAAACCAGCUGGCUGCUGCUGUAAUCCAGACGGACGGGACACCAGUCGGAAGGUCACAGAGGAAGACUUGCUGCAUUAUUCCAGUCUGAGGCAUCCAGACAAGCCCCGCCCCUCCGGCAGGCGAGGACCCGGGUUGGUUGAAGAGAACGUCACUUACUCUGCAGUCAUCGGUCGCAAGAAUCCAAAGAAGUGAUCACAUGACCACACAUUUUCAUUACCUUUUAAGACGAUGACACCAACUGCGCUGUGAUUUCGCUUACUCCUUACAUAACAACAACAACAACAACAACAACAAUAAUAAUAGUUAAGGAUGAAUACUUAAUUUAUUUAGCUAUUAAAUGAUUUGCACAAACCUUUAAGCUACUUUUAAUGACCACAUAGUGCACUCAGAUAUCAUAAAAAUCCAAUAACAAUUAUUAUAUAAUUUUUAAUUACAAGACAACAGCAGCAUUUAUAAGCUUCUGAUUUCACAUUUUGGUUGGUUAGGGGUUCCUAACAACUUAAAGAUGAAGAUUUAUGUGAUCACAAGCUUUAGUUUAUAAGCAACUUUUGUUUACAUGUCAACAAGUUGUUGGCGUGCAGACACCAGGGGGCGCUGCAGGACAGCGGUAGAUUUUUAAAGUUGCUGCCUGGGCACUUUAGUGGGGGGAAAAAAGUCUCCUCUUUACCCAUAAAAUGUAAAUAAAGACAGAAGUUCUUAAUAUUCUCAUAUCCUGCAUUACAUUAUGUAUGUAGGGUGUCUGCAGGCUCAUUUAAUACAGAAAUGAUCGUGUAAAACCUGUUUCACCGUCAUACUGGACAAAGUAUUACAAGAUUGAUUAUUAAUGAUAUAAUAAAUGAAAUUACUUUUAAAAAUAUCUUUUUAAUAAAUUAAUGUUGGAAUGUAGUAUUAUAUCAUAAAUACAUUUAUCACAUCAUGUGUGUUUUUGUUUUUUUGUUUUUUUAUACCAAUUUUGUAAAAGCUGUGUGAUGAAUUGCUACCAAAAGCCAUCGCACCAUUCCAGACGUGUCGAUGUUUAAUUUGUGUACAUUUUCUCAAAGCUGCUAUUUGGAGGAUUUUUAAACAGAAAAGUGAAACAUUUGCUGGUUUUAGCUACAAAAGGUACAGAUUGGCUGCUUUCAUUUUGAUCAUAUAUGAUAGAAAACACUGAGUUUCGAACUGAUGCACAAGCAAAACAACAAAAAAACUAAAUUAGCAGGCAAAGAAAUACUUUUCUAAACAAGCACAAGACAUUUUAUCAACUUCUUAUUCAAAAGAAAAGCUUUGUUUGAUUUAAGCGACAGAUUU